AUGUCUUCCAAGACGUACAGCAUCCUCACCCUUCCUGGGGACGGGAUCGGUCCCGAAAUCAUGACUGAGGCUGUAAAAGUUCUCCAAACUUUUUCCUCUGCGAAUCUCAGCUUCAAUUUACGUACGGAGCUCAUCGGCGGUUGCAGUAUCGAUGCCCAUGGCACGCCCAUCACCAACGCAGUCAAACAAGCCGCUCUUGAGUCCGAUGCCGUUCUUUUCGCAUCUGUCGGUGGGCCAAAGUGGGAUUCAUCCCGGAAAGGCUUGGAUGGUCCAGAGGGCGGCCUGUUGCAGCUGAGAAAGGCCUUAGACGUCUAUGGGAAUCUCAGGCCGUGCAGCACCGACGUCUGCGCAAGCGUGAGCCGGGAGUUCAGCUCGUAUCGGCCUGAGGUUGUUCAAGGCGUGGACUUUGUGGUCCUGAGAGAGAAUUGCGGCGGUGCGUAUUUUGGCAAGAAGGUCGAGGAGGAAGAUUACGCAAUGGAUGAAUGGGGGUAUUCAGCGCAAGAAGUCCAGAGAAUCACCCGUCUCGCAGCCCAUAUUGCCCUCCAGCAUAACCCACCUUGGCCGAUCAUCUCCAUGGACAAAGCCAAUGUGCUUGCUUCCUCGCGGCUCUGGCGCCGCGUCGUCGAAAAGACACUUACCACCGAAUUCCCACAAGUCAAAUUCUCUCAUCAGCUCGCUGAUUCAGCUUCGCUCAUUAUGGCCACGAACCCACGUUCGUUAAACGGUGUCCUGCUUGCCGAUAACACGUUUGGCGAUAUGCUGUCAGAUCAGGCCGGUUCAAUUGUGGGUAGUCUAGGAGUGUUGCCAAGCGCAAGCUUGAGCGGUGUCCCAGGAGAGAAGAGAGAAGAUGGCAGGAAGUCCUAUGCGUUGUAUGAGCCAACGCACGGUUCUGCGCCAACGAUCGCUGGCAAAAACGUGGCGAAUCCCAUCGCCAUGAUCCUUUGCGUAGCAAUGAUGUUCCGAUACUCUUUCAAUAUGGAAGCCGAAGCGAAGGCUAUCGAACAAGCCGUCAGCGCUACACUCGAUGCUGGCAUUCGCACACCGGACCUUGGAGGAAAGGCGGGAACAUCUGACGUCGGUGAUGCCAUCGUAGCCCGUAUCAAAAAGUCCUUGGGUAUAUAA